CACGUGACACGCUACAUGCCUCGCGCCGUUUACUCCUCAGUUGAACUCCGUCCGUUAACCAGUGCGGAACUCCGCCGGUCGUCGACUUAGCGUAUACAUAGAAAAAUACGAAACUCAGCUGGCUACAGGCAACCGACUUAGCAGCAUCCAAUACAGCUAUAAAAUGUCGACGGAGGAAGUAUUGUUGCUAAACGGCCAUGCGACGAACGCUUACGUAACAGAAUCAAAGAGAUCAACAGCUGCUGCAAACGGCUCUGGGGUCGAAUUCGCCAUUUCAAGCCAAACAGACCUAGACGGACCAGACCAAGUACUUGCAUCUGAUUCGAUAUCUACGACUGAAGCAGCCGGUCGAGUUCGCAUUGAAUUUGAAAAAAAUGGAAUCGCCGAUCAUGUGCCUAUCUCAGUGCCGGGAUUGCUGGCAAAAACGGCCAGGGAAAACCCCGACUUUCCAGCGUUGGUAUCCCGUGAAGGAGUCGAUGGGCGAAGAGUUACCUAUACCUUCAAAGAAUACCAUAACCAGGUUCGGAUCGUGGCGAGAGCAUUCUUGAAGCUUGGACUCGAGCGCUACCAUAGUGUCUGUAUCCUUGGGUUCAACAGUCCGGAAUGGUUUAUCUCCGAUCUCGCAGCCAUACAUGCUGGAGGAUUUGCCUCCGGGAUUUAUACAACUAACUCCGCAGAAGCUUGCCUGUACUGCGCGGAACGCAGUAGAGCUAAUAUAAUUGUCGUCGAGGAUUCCAAACAAUUGGAGAAAAUUUUGGCAAUCAAAAGCAAGCUACCCCUUCUCAAAGCUAUCGUACAGUAUGACGGUGUCCCAACUCAGAAAGGUGUUCUAAGUUGGGACGAAUUAUUGGAAAUCGGUAAGAAUGAGUCGGAUGACAAGUUGGAUUCUGUCUUGCGGACAAUUUGCAUCAAUGAAUGUUGCACUUUGGUAUUUACGUCCGGAACAGUUGGAAAUCCAAAAGCAGUUAUGCUGAGCCAUGACAAUCUCAUCUACGAUGCGAAAGCGAUCAUAACUUCAGCAAGAUUAACGCCUAGGACUGAUAGGCUCGUCAGCUUCCUUCCACUGUCGCACGUGGCUGCUCAGGUCGUCGAUAUUUAUGCAGGCCUGGCGAUCGUCGGAACGAUAUAUUUUGCUGACAAAAACGCCUUAAAGGGUACCCUGAUAGACACUCUGCAGGUAGCAAAGCCCACCGCCUUUUUAGGAGUUCCCAGAGUGUGGGAAAAAAUUUAUGAAAAAAUGCAGGCCGUAGCCCGAAAUAACGGAGUGAUAAAAACGUGGAUUGCAAAUUGGGCCAAAGCCCAGGCACUCGACUAUAACAUAAACAAGAUGAACGGAGUGGACUAUAAGAGCUGGAGCUAUCUGUUAGCUAAAUGGCUUAUCUUUGGCAAAAUAAAGAGCACUCUUGGUCUGGACAAGUGCAAUAUCUUUGUGACAGCCGCCGCUCCAUUGAGUACCGAGGUGAAACGAUAUUUUAUGAGCCUUGAUAUCCCUAUUAUGGAGGCUUUUGGAAUGUCAGAAUGCGCUGGCGCACACACUCUGAGCCAAAAUGAUAAUUACAGAUUGGGAAGUGUCGGACCAGUCAUGCCAGGCUUACGCUUGAAAAUAGACAAACCAGAUGCUACUGGCGAAGGCGAAGUCUGCAUGAAGGGUCGUCACACCUUUAUGGGAUACCUUGAAGAGCCAGAAAAAACCAGGGAUACUAAAGAUGAUGAAGGAUGGUUACACAGUGGUGAUUUAGGCCGAUAUGAUAAAGAUGGGUUCCUCUGGAUGACAGGAAGAAUCAAGGAGCUGAUAAUAACGGCUGGUGGUGAAAAUAUUCCACCAGUUCACAUAGAGCAUUUAGUCUUGGCUGAAUUACCAGCUCUUAGCAAUGCACUUCUUGUCGGUGAUAUGAGAAAAUACUUGACGAUACUAGUCACUCUACAGACUGAUCUAAAUCCUGAGACUGGCGCACCUUUGGACACGCUGUCACCAUUGACACUGUCUUGGGCAAAGUCAAUCGGCAGCAAUGCAAAAACAGUAACGGAAGUCAUACAAUCCAAGGACCCAGCUAUUCACAAGGAGAUCGAAGAAGCUAUCAAAAGGGCAAACAGUCAUGCAACAAGUAAUGCGCAAAAGGUGCAGAAGUUCCGGAUCCUCCCACACGACUUUUCAGUCCCAACGGGUGAGCUUGGACCAACGUUGAAAGUAAAAAGAAACGUUGUCCUCAAGAUGUACGCAGAUUUAAUUGAAGAGAUGUAUAAAUAGUGAAAAUUAGCAUAGGUACACAGGGUGACAUUAAGAGCUGCAAGACUUCGGAUGUUAAGUCAGAUAAAACCGGUUAUGAGAACAUGUUAUAAAGUUAUCUCUUGCAAAAAGUUGAGCAAUCAAUAGUGCAAAUUAUUGGUAGCUCAAUAUAUCUACUUAGGUUGUCUUGAUGAAAACUUACUAAGUGAAGAAGUUUUUUAAAUAAUCGAAAUGAAAAAGGGUAAACGGGGUGGAUAAUAUAACGAAAACACUAGCAUUAUAUACAUACUAUGUCAUUUUUCACCACGAAUUUUUCCUACCGCAUUGGCGGUUAAUUUAGGUGUAAUUAAUAAUACAAUGUUGCAAAUGGAAAAAGGUGUAGUCUGUACUUUAUGGCUAACGGUCACUCCAUUUGCUCUAAAACAAAGCGGCAUCCGGGAGAAACUAAGGAAUAUAAUAGAAUUUUUGAGCAAGCAUACAAGUGCCUUUUUAUACGAAACAACAAAAAAACAAAUCAAUAGUCAUUGCUCAAGAACUAAACAUGUACCUUUUUUCAAUCAUUUAUACAAGGGCUGUGCGAUGAAUCGUUUACACUUAGACUGCGAUCAAUUGUCUUGUCAAUCGAUCGAUUCAUCGCACAGCCGUAAUUAAUACCAUGCCGAGACUCUACAUAACCAUCACAGUAGAGAGAUAUAAGUAAAUUUGUGAAUUUAUUUAGCCAACACAUCACAGUUAUAACUCUAGAUUUCUUGAGUAGCAGCCCCACUUCCAUUAUUACACAUGGGAUCGGUCGAAAUCAAUCACAAACUGAGCCGACACAAUAUGAUUGCCGUUUUGGCCUACACAAAAUAGUAUACCGCGGUGUAUUUUAUGUGUUUUUAUUUUUAAUUAUAUGUAUUUUUAUGGUGAAAUCCUUACUUUUCAUGUACAUUAUUUAGUUUAUUCUAGCAUAAUAAACCACGACAGAACGUACCUACUUAUGAGAACAGACCUACAUAUCAUUUUCGCGGUAACUAUAAGAAGGGAAACAUUUUCACUCAACUUACUGUUUUAAUUGUAAAUCAGAUAAACUUAGUGAUUAAAUUGAAACAUUACUAAAUAAUUGGUACAAAUUAUUAUUCGCAAGUUAUUUAAGUAAUUGUAGUAUAAUCGGGUACUUAAGAGACAAUAACGAAGGUGCAAUAAUUAUGUUGUGAGUUGAAGAGAUCGAAGUGCCUCUGGUUCAUUUGCGACGAAAUUUUUUUUUUGUUAAUUGGAUGAUAAUCAAAGGAAGCCGUGUAUAUAUAUAAAUAGUGUUCAUAAUAAAAUGAUGCCGUUGGUUAUAAA